GGGUAAAACGAGUGUUUUGGAUCGACUCUAUUGAAAAUUAUCAAACUUAAAUCUAAUCUAAGCUAUGCAUUAACGAACUAUAUAAUAAUUUUACUCGGAUUCCGCAUAGAUUUCAUCCCGAAUCAGUAACCAACAGAUUUUCGUCUCCAAACCCCCGGAAUCAUUACCUGUUGUGUUCUCGCCGGAGGAUUCUUAAGUUGAUUUCAUGGAGGGUGUUGGAGAUGAUGGUGCCUCAACUGCAGCAGCAGCAUUCAACCAACGGAGGCAUGAAGCGUCAAAGCUUUUCCAGCAUUAUCUAGAUAAAUCUACACCACACGCUCUCUACCGAUGGAUUGGAACGUUUGUUUUAGUAUUUCUUUAUGCUCUGCGGGUUUACUAUGUUCAAGGCUUCUACAUUGUUUCUUAUGGUUUGGGGAUUUAUAUUCUGAAUUUGCUCAUUGGGUUUCUGUCACCUCUUGUUGACCCCGAGCUGGAACCUUCCGAUGGACCUAUGCUGCCAACAAGGGAUUCAGAUGAAUUCAAGCCUUUCAUUCGUCGCCUCCCGGAGUUCAAAUUCUGGUAUGCCAUCACAAAGGCUUUCUGUGUAGCAUUUUUUUUGACCUUCUUUUCCAUGUUCGAUGUUCCCGUCUUUUGGCCCAUAUUGUUGUGCUACUGGGUUGUUCUUUUUGCACUCACAAUGAAGCGCCAAAUCAUGCAUAUGAUCAAGUACAAAUAUAUCCCAUUGAAUCUUGGAAAGCAGAAAUACAGUGGGAAAAAGGCAUCUGCCAGUACCGGUAACAGCCCCCGAGCAGACUGAAGCAGUGUUAGAGAUUCGUAGUUAACUAUUUGUAUUUACAUUAAAACAAACCUGAAUACGCAGUCAAAACACGAAUGCAUUGUAUUGUAGCAGCUUGACUGUAUGCAGGAAAGUAAUGAAACUUUGUUCUUGACAUGUACUCCAUGGAAGAUUAAAAUUUGUUUUCUAUUGAUUUGUUACAUUAAAUAGAAUA